CAAGCCGCGGGCGAAGCGACGAUCAUGGCCAGCUGCACUGACUAACUACUCCGUCGGCCUUCGUAACAGUUCUUCUACGUGAUGUGUACCACUGCGUCUUGUGAGAUUUGAGAGUCCAGCAAACAAUCAUGGCUCGACUCCCUCACAUCCCCGUGUCGCUGCCUCGACUGACCGCAGGCACCGCCGUGCCGGCCGCUGCCAUCGCCGCCUACCUCAAUGGCCGCUACCAGAUCACGACCGACAUCUGGGCCAUCACCAGCGCCAUCUGGUACCAGAUCUUCCUGAAGCGACUGGAGAAGCAAGACCGGGUCAAUGUCUUCUACCGCUUUGAAGAGCUGGCGAAGACUCCAGGCCAGGCGGGCAAAUUGUUCCUCGUAGUACCGAAAGAUGAGAAUGAACCCAAUGCGCAGACCGAGUGGACAUACGCCGAGGCGUACGAGCUGAUCCUGAAGUAUGCCGGGUGGUUGAAGGAGACACACGGCGUGAGGAAAGAGGAGAUCAUCGCUAUGAACUUCAUGAACAAGCCACAGUUCAUUUGGGUGUGGUUUGCGCUCUGGUCUCUCGGAGCAAUUCCAGCCUUUAUCAACAGCAAUCUGCGGGACAACGCCUUCAUCCACUGCGCCAAGAUCUCGACCACACGUCUUCUCAUACUCGGUCCUGAGAUCGCCGAGGAGGCCCUCACAGAUGAGGCUGUUGCGGCCUUCAAGCCGGACAACAAAGGCCAUGCAAUCGACACAGUCAUUCUCGAUUCUGCAACGGAAGCUACGAUCGCAUCACUUACUCCAUACCGCGCUCCUGAUUGCGAGCGCUCCGGCGUGAUUGUUGCCUCGACCUCCCUGCUCAUCUACACUUCAGGCACCACCGGACUACCCAAGGCCGCAAACGUGGCAUGGGGCAAGUCUCUCUCCGGCGUGAACUUCUUCCCAAAGCUGCUCGGCAUGAAAGCAGAUGAUCGUUACUACACAGCCAUGCCGUUGUACCAUUCUUCGGCUUCGAUACUGGGUGUCUGCCAAGUCCUAGGCCCGGGCAGCACUGUGAUUGUGUCAAAGAAGUUUUCGCCACGGACUGUGAUGAAACAAGCGACCGAGACCAACGCUACGAUCAUGCAAUACAUUGGUGAGAUGUGCAGGUACUUGGUCUCCGGUCCUCCCACACCCUACGACAAGACGCACAAAGUCCGAUUAGCGUUUGGUAACGGUAUGCGACCGGAUGUGUGGCAGCGCUUCAAGGACCGCUUCAACAUCGGCACGAUUGUGGAAUUCUACGGCGCCACCGAAGGUCCUGGUGCAUCAUUUGUAUACUCCAACAAUGGAUUCUUGCGAGGUGCUAUCGGCAAGUCUGGCGUGAUCUCAAGCACACUGUUUGGAGGCAACCAGGCUCUCUUGAAGCACGACCACGAGACUGACAUGCCGUAUCGGAACCCCAAAACUGGCUUCUGCGAGAAGGUCGCCACCAAUGAACCAGGCGAGCUCUGCUACUGGCUGGACCCGGAGAAUGUUAGCGAUAAGUUCCAGGGCUACCUCGGAAACGACAAGGCGAACGGGUCCAAAAUCAUUCGCAAUGUUUUCAAGAAGGGUGAUGUAUACUACCGAUCAGGAGACUUGCAAAGAAAAGAUAGCGAUGGCAGGUGGUGGUUUGUGGACCGCAUUGGUGAUACAUACAGAUGGAAAGGCGAAAACGUUUCUACCGCUGAAGUUUCCGAAGCGCUCGGUACUCAUGCGGCUCUUCAAGAAGCCAACGUCUACGGUGUACAACUUCCCAACCACGAUGGACGUGCGGGCUGUGCAGCGAUCGGUCUAUCCGAAGGCCAGAAAUUCGACGAUAACCUUGGAGCAGAACUUGCUGCUCACGUCCGAAGGCGUCUGCCCAGAUAUGCUGUACCCUUGUUCUUGCGACUGAUGAAGGAGUUUGAAGUGACAGGCACGAUGAAGCAUCAGAAAGUAUCGCUGAGAAACCAGGGUGUGGACCCCAGUAAAACGGAAUCGGACGAGUUGUAUUGGUUGCCUCCUGGAAGUGAUAAAUACACAAGAUUUACAGAGGGAGAUUGGAAGAAGAUUGCUGGUGGUCAAGCGAAGCUUUAAGCAUUGUAGCCAGUGGGAUACGACGCAGGACAGAUUUUGACUGUAGCAUUUAGAUACCAUUUAUUUCGCGACCUUGUGAAUUGCAACGUAGAGGAUGCACGGCAUUACAGCAAAUAAACGUUGACUGCUACCCUCGUGAGAUAAAU